AUAAUAACCUCAGGGGAUUCAAAUGUUGAAUAGACGGUAGCUUUUGGAGAAACAGAGCAGCAGAGUGAGGAGACAAAUGGAAAGCAUUCCUCGUUGAGCGAAACUCAAUCGCGUCUGCCUCGUUUCAGUUUCGGACCAAAAACCUUAAAAUAUACUCGCUUUACUAUUAAGGUUAUGUCAUCCUCAGAACCUGUAAGUGAAGAAACGGAGCCAAUGCACGUCAAUGCUGCUCCCAGGAAGCCACAGAUUCUACUUGCUGCUAGUGGAAGUGUUGCUGGGAUAAAGUUUGGAAAUCUCUGCCAUUGUUUUUCAGAAUGGGCAGAGGUAAGAGCAGUUGCCACAACAGCGUCUUUACAUUUCAUAGAUAGGGCAUCUCUUCCUAAAGAUGUAGUUCUUUAUACGGAUGAUGAUGAAUGGUCUAGUUGGAAGAAAAUUGGUGAUAAUGUGCUUCACAUUGAGCUACGCCGAUGGGCUGAUAUUAUGGUCAUUGCUCCAUUGUCAGCCAACACACUUGGCAAGAUCGCGGGGGGAUUGUGUGACAAUUUACUGACAUGCAUUGUGCGAGCAUGGGAUUACAGCAAGCCACUUUUUGUUGCACCUGCUAUGAACACAUUCAUGUGGAACAAUCCUUUCACAGAACGACAUCUCAUGCUAAUUGAUGAGCUUGGUAUUUCUCUCAUCCCUCCUGUCACAAAGAGGCUGGCUUGUGGGGAUUAUGGCAAUGGUGCAAUGGCUGAACCUUCUGUAAUAUACUCAACAGUAAGGCUUUUCUUAGAGUCAAAGAUUCAACAAGGUGGCAGUAAUAUUCAGUAACUAGUAUUGCAAAGCUGGCAUUUACUGAUUAAAGAAAAAAGAGAAAGGAAUAAAGAAAAGAAAAGAGUUUCUAUUUUUAGGGGUAAUGGAAGAGCUGGUUUGCAUUUUAUGCAUAACAUGCUAGAUUUGUUGUCGUCCUUUAAAUCUUGUAUAGCAAUGGAAUAGAAUAGAAUAGAUAUAGAAGAAAUGAAUGGAAAGGAAUGAUAAUGAAUUAAAUAAGCAUGGUUUUUCUAUCUGGCA